AGAUACUCGUUUUGCAGUCUUCAUUUUACACUCCCAAGUCCCAAGUAUUUAACCCUAACCUCAGUCCCGACCGCCGCUCCUCCGCAGCUCGCCACCCCCACAGCGGCCAGCUUCUCCCGCAGUCAGGCAUCAUACAAGCCACCCGUGGCCACUCGGCCGCUCCACUGCCCACCACCGCAUCUCAGCAUCGCCUCUCCGUUCCUCAUCAAAUUUUAAGACAAGGGUUCACGAAGCACAAAAGGAAAUGGGGAGGAGGAUAUUGAAUGAAGCUUUGAGAGCAAUGGUGAAUGCAGAGCGGAGAGGAAAAGCAUCAGUGGAAUUGAAGCCCAUCUCCACAGUCAUGUCUUCUUUUCUCAAUAUCAUGAAAGAUCGAGGGUACAUAAAGAAUUUUCAGGUUUACGAUCCACAUAGAGUGGGGAGGAUAACAGUUGAACUACAAGGCAGGAUUAAGGAUUGCCGAGCUCUCACUUACAGGCAGGAUAUCAAGGCGAGGGAUCUUGAAGGUUACAGAUUGCGUAUGCUUCCAACACAUCAGUGGGGUUAUGUUGUGAUCACGACUCCAGAUGGCGUUUUGGAUCAUGAAGAGGCCAUUAAAAGGAAUGUGGGCGGACAGGUCCUGGGUUAUUUUCAUUAGACUCCAACCUCGUCGCUUCGAUGAAAAUGGAAAGAGUUGCUCCAAUAUGAUCGCAGCUUGCCUACACCAGCAAGAAUUUGUCAUGCCGGCUUCUUACUUCAUUGCAAUUUUGUAUGUACCGAUUAAUGAGAUGAUGAACACAAACAUGUUCCUUUCUUUCUUAA